AUUCGUUUUGGGCAUAUGCUUCUUUGGGUGUGGUCCUGGACAUCAUAUUCUUUGUUACACUCAAACAAAAAUAUUGGUCAGUUAUAGUCAUAUUUGGACGUUUUUGAAUGUUUCACAUUCAAAAAAUCGGACAACAAAGUACUGCUUGCUACCACAAUUUGAGUAUUGAAAUCAGCUGAUAUGGGUCAAACUCAUUCCUAUAAGGUUUAUAACGUCAGCGACUUUGAUUCUGCUGAGAUUAGCAUUGAUGGAAAAGAAUCCAGUAUUGUUUCCAAGGGACGGAGUGUCGAACUUCAACCUGAGAAUUAUGAAGCGCUGCGAAUCUGCGAGGCCGGGAAGGAAACCAUAUCCGUGGUGUUCUGUGUCAAUGACGAGGGUAUAUUGAAAGUGAGGGCUGAAGUGGUGUCCAUGGGUACGGUCCACGAGUUGGAGAUCACAGAAUAUAGGGGUCGGCUCACGAUGGAUGAGCUAUUGAAUCGUCAAAAUUGA